AUGGAGCGGGAACAGUUUUUGGCUAAAUGGCCACUUCCCCUUGUGGAAAACCUUAUUGGGGCCAUAGGUAAAAAAAGAAAAAGGUAAAAAGGUAAAGGUAAAGGACCCCUGGAUGGUUAAGUCCAGUCAAAGAUGACUAUGGGGUUGUGGUGCUCAUCUCGCUUUCAGGCCGAGGGAGCCGGCGUUUGUCCACAGACAGCUUUCCAGGUCAUGUGGCCAGCAUGACUAAACUGCUUCUGGUGCAACGGAACACCGUGACGGAAGCCAGAGCAUACAUAAACACCGUUUACCUAUUUAUCUACUUGCACUGGGGUGCUUUCAUACUGCUAUAUUGGCAGGAGUUGGGACAGAGAAACGGGAGCUCACCACGUCAUGGGGAUUUGAACCACUGACCUUCUGUUCGGCAAGCCCAAAAGGCUUAGUGCAGGCAUGUCCAAAGUCCGUUUUGGGGCCCUUUGGCAGUUUAUGGGGUAAAAUCCUAAAAAACCUCAACAACUUCAAUCUUAAAAAAAAAAGCUCAAUAAUUUCAACCCUAAAAAAAGUGCAACAACUUUGGUCGACCUUUUGGUUGGCCCUCACGGCCCUUCACUUCAUCGAACCUGGCCCUCUUUGAAAAAAGUUUGGACACUAAUGGCUUAGUGCAGGGGUGUCAAACUGAAAUUCAUCGGGGGCCGCAUCAGCAGUUUGGUCACCCUCAAAGGGCUGGUUGUAUCUGUAGGACUAUGUGUCCACUAUUAUCAUAAAUUAUUGUCACUGCAUUCAAUUAUUACUGUUUUUUGUAAUAAUGUAAGUAAUAACUAGCUAUGAAAGCAGAAACAUAGUCAGAAUAAUGGCAAGUAGAAUGCAUGUAAAGUGGAGGUUUCCUGUGUAGAAUGGCCGGUGCCACUAGAGGGCAGACGUUCUCUGGCUUGUAGGCUGUCGCGCAUGCGCUGAAGAGGCGGCUUUCUUGUUGGAAAAAAAAAAGCGAGAAUAAAAGGUGAAGGCUGGCGGCCGGCGGCGGCUACACGGGCCACAUGACGAGGUCUGGCGGGCCGGAUUCGGCCCCCGGACCUUGUGUUUGACACCCGUGGCUUAGUGGUUUAGACCACAGCGCCACCUGCGUCCCUGCUAUUGCAGCCAUAUUGCAGUGGUGGUGGGGCAGAUCAAAAGUGGUAGGCUGUAUCAGGAGUUGACUCUUACUAUUUUGUAUUUCAGCCUCGCAAAAUCAGAGGUUUCAACACCACCCCCACCUUAUGUAUAUUUAUGAAAUAAUUGGGACCUGAAUUUCCCUAUUUUCCUCUUUACCUGUUUUUCUCUUUUGUUUCUAUCACCCACAUGUUACUCCACCCUAUAUAUGUGUUUAUUUAUAACCUGCAAAAAUUUCCUACAUGCAUACAUACUGCAGAUGUGUUUACAGAGCCUCAUCAGUGAUCCUGCCGAUUCAGGAAUGUCUAUUAGACUAUAUGCCAUUAUUUUACAUUUUAAACUGCCUUGAGUACAGAACUGACACAUUGCCCAUUACCACAUGUGUGGUAAGUAAAUCCAAAUGACAUUACUUAUGGAAAUGUAGCCCAUCUUCUCAAGUGUGGUGCAGAAUGUCCUGGAUCAAGCUAUUCAUUUCAGUCAAGAAACAAAGUAAUUUGAGCCGCCUGUAAUCAAGUCAUUUCCCUGGUAUUGCUGACAAGGAGUGAGAUCAAGUGACUUUUAAGGUAACCCCUCAUUUCCAGUAAUACGUUAGGGUCUCUGCAAUGCAUGUAAGAAUCAAAAGCACAUUGCUGGAGUAGAUUAUGCUAUGCACCAUAUUUCAUAGUGUAUGCAGAGAAUAAAAUGUAAUGCAUUCCUCAUUGUCAUCAUGCAAAAUUUCCUGUGUUUUUCUUCACAAAGAAAGCAUGAAAUCCAUCAAAGACAUAAAGGUAAUUAAGCAGAAAUACUGAUUCUUCCUUUCAACAGAAGAAAGAUGUUGCAUACUCCUCUUAGAGGAAACUGGAAUAAUGCAGUCUAUUUACUAGGAUCAAACAACGCCCCUGAAGGCUGGAAUUAAAGAACUUAGAUGCCUUUGAAUCCACCUUUUUGAGAUUGCUACUUUGUUCAAUAAGAACUACAUUUAUAUCCCUUUACAACCUCUUUCCUGCUUUUUUAAAAACAAAUCCACAUUAGCCACUGCUGUGAUCACAUCAAAGCAACCAAACAGUUAGUUCAAUAGCUUUUCCCUCUGAUUCUUCUAAAAUGUUAAAUGGGUACAGGGUGGGAGAGAGAAAUAUUAUGGUGGUUUCUUUUUAUGAGAUUUUCCUGUCAUUAAGUCUCCCAGUAAUAUUUUACUUUACCUGAAAGAUAACACUGUAAAUUUUAGAAAGUUUGUAUACUACAUGAGAGGAAACAACAAGUUGUACAGUCAUCACUGCAUUAUGACAGAAUGAUUGAGGUAAAUAUAAACAAGUGAAAACAAUGGGUUUUAAAAUACAUUUAUUUAAUGCUCUUUUUAGUUUGAGAAGAUGUACUUUUGCAGCGCAGGGAUCUUUUAAGUAAAGGUAUAGAUUAUCAUUUUUAAGCACUCAUACUGCAAUUCUUCAUGUUUACUCAGAAGUAAAUUCCAUUGAAUUCAACCCUAUAUAUAGUACCCUGAAGAAAGAUCAAUCCUCAAAACUAGAGUGUAAAAUACUAAAGUUACCAUCCAGUUUACAGCUGCAUGAUGAUGAUUUAUUCUCCUGUUUACAUCCAGUGUGCACCCAUCCCACAUUUUGUAGUGCCCCUCAUCUGAUACUCAAACUGGGAGUCACAGGUACCAACCCAACCCCCAACAUUGUCUGAUUCACUCCAAACUGGUGCCAAGGUUCUGCAGUCGUUUGGCAGCAUCUCUCUCCCCUCCUCAAACAAAAACCCUCAGUAAUUGGUGCUCAAGGAUCAUAGGUAUCACUCCAAAACCCAACAUUAUCUGAUUCACUCCAAAAUUUGGGGGUUUUGUAGUUAACAGAGGUUUCCAGUGAUGUUCUUAAAUCCUGCAAAGGCCCCAUCUUUUAUCCCUUAAUAAAACAUUCACUGCUGCAAUGCUAGAGCUGCAGGGGUCCUCCUCCAAGUCCCCAGAACCAGAGUGGGUGGUAGCAGUGCAGCUUGGACUCCCCUCCCCCCACAUCCCUGUUCCCCAUCAGCUCAAGAACAGUGGCCCUUUAAACAAAAAGGGAAAUCUCAGAAACCUUGACACCUGCAUGGCUCAGGGGCUUCAUGAAUCCCAGCUGCUGUAUAUUGCAUUUACUUUCCAACGCCAACACCUGCUGCUGUGUCUUCUGCAGCUUGUUCCUUGCCAUUCCUCCACUCCUAGUUGUGUCCCUUCCUGUUUUUCUAGGAAUUCGUUCCCUUGUGCUCAGUGGAGCUUAUGUGAUUGCAGCCUCCACGAAGGCAUCUUCCCAGUGAGUGAAUGGAUUGGGUUGAAACAAGCCAUAUCACCUGGACCUUCAGCUGCCUAUGUACAAACAUACACAGAGGGAACUCCCUUUGCGAAGGUUAGUACUGUACAUAUCUGUUAGCUGACUGCUUUUUGUUCAGGACAUCCAGGUUUUGCAGAUACCUACCCAAUCCUUAGAAGAAGCAAGGGGCAUAGAUUUAUCUCUCCACAUGCAAUAGUAAAACUUUAAAUGUUAAGAGCUUUAAGCUAUUUCUAUCCUAGGCAAAUCCUUUAAAAAUCACUUCUGCUGUUUUUUUGAUUUAUUUCUCCCCUGAUGGGUUUAUGACACUUUCUGCUGUUUCUCAUUUAUCUGGCGGGUUUGAACUUUGCAUGCAGUGACAGAGCUUUGAUGUAAGUGCCAUCAUUUUACAGGAAAGAGUAAGUUGACACCUCAGAAGCUUUUUAUUUUAGAAAAAGAAACACCUUUUUGUUUGUUUGUCUUGCUUCUCAACUUCAGAAUUAGCUGGUAUUAAACAUCAUCCUUAAGUAAUGUAUAAGUGAAUUAACCCCCUUCUGCUCCUUGUCUGCGUGUUCCCUUUGUCAAGAUAGGGCCUAUAUUACAGAUCCGGAAAGGUCUUGACUAGUCUAAUUUAUACAAGAAGCUUGUUCAGGUUGCUCAGUUUCAGAUGGAUGAGCGGGCAGAUGGAAACCAAGAGAUGCAUAGGAGUGGGGUCAAGGGAGAACAUUAUAGGACUCAUAGAAAACAUGAGUCAUUUUGGAGCCAGGAGGUGUGGGCGAGGUGAGAUAAGGAAUCAGCAGAAUGUGGGACAGUAUUAUGACAUUUUGCAGCGAUUUGUGACCUUUUGUUGUGGGAUAACACCUUUCUUAAAGCAAUGUGUUCUUGAAACCAUGCAAAGUUUGCCACCGCAGGAUUGAGACUCUGCUGAUCAAUUAUAUUUUACAACCCCCUCCCCCCACAAAACAGUUACUGAGCUAAGCAAUAAAUAGAAGAAACAUCUGCUGUUUAUUUUAUUCUAUUUGGCACAUAGAGAAGUAAACAUUUAAUUCAAUAAACUGUGUGGCCUGUUUUUAUGACUCCAACCCUUGAGAAAACAUUAGAUGACAUAAUAUGAUAUUUAAUUAAUUUCAAAAUGGCCUUGGUUUUUCUUUUCUAAGCAAAAAUAUUUUUAAUAACCUGAAAGAGGAACUUAUAAACAUUCUCUGCAGCCCACUUAAUUAUUUGUAUUUCAUGUCUUUUGAACUCAGUUGGAACUAGAACAAUUUUAAUCUUCAUGCUAACUGGAUUAUAAACCUUGCUCUCUAUUUUAUUAAGCACACAUUUUAUUCUUGUACCUAUUGGUCUUCAUUCCAAUAGUCUGGAGUCUGAUUAUUUGCCUGCAAUGGACACCAUCAGCCUGAACAAUAUUUAUAAUUAUCUCUCUCUCCCCAGAGGACUUUUGUGGCUGCUCCUCUGUGUGUAUUUUUAGAUUAGUUUUACCUCCUAUACCUGCCACUUUUUUCUUACUGCUGUUUAAAUUUGUUGUUAAUUGUUUAAUUUUUGUUCUGUUAAAACUGUUGUAAGCUGCCCUGAGCAGAGCAAAUGAAAAGCAGGCCAUAUUACAUAAAUGCUAAAAGCAUUUUGAUGCAAAUGACACCAUUUUACAUGAAAACAACAACAAAAAAGGUUAAAACCUCCAUCAGCAUUCUGUCACUUAUUUUGACGUUCAAGCCUGACAAGAUAUUAGGCAUUCCACAUGUUGUUAAUACUCAUUUGUAUUUUUCAUGCAUAUGGAUCUAUGCAAUACGGUGGUACCUCGGGUUAAAUACUUAAUUUGUUAUGGAGGUCCGUACUUAACCUGAAACUGUUCUUAACCUGAAGCACCACUUUAGCUAAUGGGACCUCCUGUUGCCACCGCGCUGCCAGAGCCCGAUUUCUGUUCUUAUCCUGAAGCAAAGUUCUUAACGUGAAGCACUAUUUCUGGCUUAGUGGAGUGUGUAUGUAACCUGAAGCGUAUGUAACCCGAGGUAUCACUGUAUUCAUAAUUGCAACAGAAGUAGUUUUAUGUCUUGAUAGGAAACUGUCCUGAUUUUUCCUUCCUGACAGACAACCAAGGGAAAACUUUUUUCCUAAAUAAUUGGAAUCUGAUUGUGGAAAGCAGCUGAGGUUUGCUUGGGGGGUUUUGGGGUACUGGUUGUUGCACAGACAUUUUUAUUUAUUUAUUUCUCUUCUUGUAUACCAGUUUUAAUAAUAAUAAUAAUAAUAAUAAUAAUAAUAAUAAUAAUAAUUGUUAUCUACUGAAGUUCUCACCCUGGGCCAGCAGGGGGAUACUGUAGAUAGUUAUGCAAAUGAAGGAUCAAUAGUGACGUUCAGUGACUGGAUAGUUUGUAUGCAAAUGAAGGAUCAAAAGUGACGUUCAGUGAUUGGCUAGUUACAGAAAAUGGUUACUGUUGCAUUCUAGUGGAGCUCUAUAUAAGCAGGCUGACUGAGCUCCUCAGUUCAGUUCUGUUCCAGCUUACAAAUAAAGAGCUGCUUUGGAAGAAUUGCUGUGUCGUCUGAUAUGUUCGCCCACAACUUAACAAUAAUAAUAUAAAAAAUGACAUCCAGCCUGAUUAAGAGUUCAGAAGCCUCUUCAGUAUUUUGUGGCCUUUUGGUUGGCCCAAAAAAGAUAGUGCCUUACUCUGGAUUUUGGAAAAGUAAAAAACUGGAUUACUUUUAUCCAGACUGUUUGCAAUGACAGACCUUGGGGUCUCAAAUUUGGUGCCUCCUGCCUCUCGUGCUCCAUUCUAAAUAAUAGUUGUGAAGUCCCCUGCGUUGUUCCCAAGGCUCUGCAUCCAGUGCAACUAAACCAGUCGCAUGUCCCUAAAUGUGCCUCUGCUUUUUGGCUCUUUGUCCCUGGGUAUGCACCUAGGAAACCUUCAUAUUGCUGUUGUAUUUUCUUAGUGAGUAUGUAUGUAUGUAUAGAUAGAUAGACAGAUAGAUAGAUAGAUACGGUUUUGUGGACAAGCCACUUCCUCUUUCUUGUGAAAUUACAUGAUGUCCAAGUUUAAGGCCCAGUUUAAGAAUUAGAUAAUCUUAUAUAGUCCAUUUUUACCAAUGCUGUGUCUACAUGUUCACAGCAUGUGUAAUAGGAAUUAUUUCAAUAAAUGGCUCUGGGCAGCUCUACAUUUCUCUAGGGAAAGAUUACACAUUUUUGCUUCCCUGCCACUGGUUCAAUUAGCCCAGCAGAAAAUUAAAUUUACUUGCCCCCUGGAAAUUUUUUGUAUUGAUAUUUUUAAAAGGCAUCUUUCUUCAGUGAAGAGAUACUGAAACAUGUAUCCUAAUCUCUACAAAAUCAAUGAGCAAACUAUGUGCUUAGACUGCUAAAUGUCAAUAUUUACUAAAAUAUUCUAGAAGAGAAGAUAUAGCGGAGUUUCAAUUUAUGUUAAUCAUGUUUACUUUUUUAUUGUUAAAUACCUUGUUCAGUUGCUGAUCAGAAAGGAACUAACAAAUUAUUAUAUUUGAGAAGCCUCUUUUCAUAGUUGCUUCUCCUACUUCCUCCUCUCUCUUUCCCACAAAGUUAUAAUGGCGCUCAGGCUACAGUAAUGGACAGUAGGUUUCCUGGCCAGGUCUCUUGGGCCAUCUCAUUCCUGUGUUGUAUAAUAUGGGUGGGCAGAAUGAAGGUUGGGAUCUACUAGAAGUUGUGUGAGUGCUUUGCAGAGUAGAUCGGCAAGGGUUUCUGACUGCUAAUUGUUUAACAACAGAUAUAGCAAAAUGGCUUUGUUUUGUUACCUAUAUUAUGCUGCUGAAAUGAAGGCCAAGAGCCGUUUUUGUAUCUGUUAAAGGAUGGUGAGCAUAGCUCAGUUCUAACACUGAAAACAAAUUCUGGGGCUCAGAAAGUGUGCUCUUUGUUUCUAACUGUAUGUCUUGUUUUGCACCUGGUUAUCUGGUUGGCAGAUCUUGAGGGUUCUAGUAAAAGAAAACAGAGCAGAUCUGACAAGCUUUAAAGCCUGCUCCCCCCCAUUUUAAAUCAUAGAAGAAUGUAGAAUGGGGGAGAGAAAUGUUACUCGUAUGCUUCAAAAGUGAAAUAAUGCACAUUGUCUAAAAUUACCUCGUGCAGACCCUCCAAGUGUCUGUAUUUUCCAGGGACAGUCCCAUAUUUACUGAAGUCAUCCCAGUUUCUGAUUUGAUCCUGGAAUAUCCCGCUUUUCCUUUGGACACCCCUAUUUUCAUUAGAGAAUGUUGGAGGAUAUGGUAGUGGCAUGGAAUGUAUGGAAAAAUUCUCUUGAGAAUCUCUUGCUUCCCCGCCUCUUCAUGCUUUACAUGAAAAUACAGUAUAAACCUCAACAUAUGCUAUUAAGCUUUAACCUGUGUUUGAAAAUAAAGUCAUAUCUUGAUAGAGACUAACAGUUGUUCACGUGCUAAACAGCAACACUGCACAGAGGACAAUAUUUCUGCAGAUUUUUUUAAAAAUAAAGAACAUACCACUACAUUUUAUGGUCAGUGUUCAUAGUAACUGAAGCAAACAUGGGCUUUGUACAAGAUAGAACAGUGAGAAAUUAUAUUAGAAAAUAUAGUUUCUGGGGCCUUCCUUUUAUUUUGAUGUGGUUUUGUGGUAUUCUAAGUAGAGCAUUCUGUAAAACAUUAUGGUCAGUGAUGGUGAGUACUAAAAUACAAUAAAGACUGAACAGGGUAUGAUGUUAGUUUCCUCGCAAUAGUGUUGUAUAUGUGCAUUCAGUUUGAUGCAAAAAGCGCUGUUGGUUCCAUAGCCUCUAUUCUUUUUGUCUUAGUGAUCUCCAACUUUGCACAGAUAAGGAGGACCACAGUUGGUGAGCAAUCAUUCUCCAAUUGCUUUCCCCAUAAUAAAUAUAGCCACCAAAAGCAAUGUUAGAGCAAGGCACACAUACACACAGAUUACAGUAAUGUUGCACUGAUGAAAAUUUAAUGCCAAAGAGGUUGCUGCCUUUCUCCCGUCCAAUGGCUCCCUUAUUUAAAUGGUGUGGGUGAAAGCAUAGACACAGUGAAGGGAACAAAAAUGUAAGUAGAAUAGCUGCUUCCCCACGACCAAUUUGAUGUGGCCUGCUGCAGACCCAUUCUUAGUCUCCAGGCCACCCCUUCUGAGAAUUGCUUCCUAUUUUGUGUCAUUUGUGCAUGAAAGAGGGAGAUGGGGCAGUGAGUGAGAUGGGUGACUUGGCUGCUACACUGUGAGUGGGAAGCCUUGCAGUGAUCCAUAGGACAGGGAAAGAGAAGAGAAGGCAGAAGAAGAGAUAAGACAGAUCAAAUAGAAAAACCAAUAAUGGCCUAAACUGUGGGUGACUAACCUUUUUUGAUCCAUAGUCAACACUUUGAAGGCAACAUGCAAAAGUGGGGAUGGCAAAAAAAGGUAUGAAUUUAGUGGAGUCUUGGAGGAAAUACAUCUUUUUAUCUGGCUUCAUGACAUCACAGAAGGGGACCCAUGGAGCAGUCAAUUUUCAUAAAAUGACAGAUUUGGUCGGGGUCUCAGGGGCCUUGACCUAAACUAUCAUUGUUAGACACCUCUCCGACCCCAAUAAUCAGUGCUAUAAAACCUAAUGAUAUCAAUGAUCUUUUGAAGGAUGCACAUUUUAUUCCAAGUACUGAAUAUAGAGAUCCAGACAUGGGAACUGUAUGCAUAGCACCUUUGGAGGUUCCCAUUUCUUUUGUGCAUUGCUUUUCUUAGAUCUGGGCCUUAAUGAAUUGCCUGACAAUGGCUCAUCUUCAUCAUAUAUCUGAAGCUCUAUGAUGGCACUUUAACAGUUCCUGGAGAGAAUCCUGGGCACUGUAGUCGGUUAGGGGUGAUGGAAUCUGUACCGUUGUGAGGUCAGCACCAUUCGCAAACUACAAUUCCCAGGAUUCUCUUCAUGACUUUUAAAGUAGUACAAUCCUGCUUUAAAUGUAUGUUGGGGAUGUGACCUUAAUGUCUCAUUUCAUGGAAUAUUUGAAUGCAAUACUAACACACACACACCGGCCGAUGCUGAUGGCUAGGGGUGGGGGAUAGUUUAGUGGGGCACAUAGGUCUCUGUCUGUCUGCCUCCACCAGUAGAGAACAGCACUCUUGAUAUGCCAUGAAGGAGGGUCCAGUUUUCCUAGCAUGUGGAAAGCCAUGAAAUAGGAUGGGGGGGCAGAAGCCCUCGGUAUCCUUCACUGGACCCAGUUCUUAGGCUCAUCAGUUACAACAGCAAACCUGUAAACAGUGAUACGAAUCCGGAUUCCUUGGGAUGUGGCAAUAGAUCUGCACUCAUCUGAGCCCCCAAGGUUGGAUUGCUCUACCUUAAUAGCUUAUGUAUGAAUGCUGGCCUGCAUUAUAUUUGAUACUUAUUUACCAUGUUCUUACAGCACAGGGUCAGCCUCCUCUGUAACUGCUUCUCUAUAUCUAUCUUUAAUAUGUACUAUAAGCGAACUUGCUAAUGAUGGCUGAAUGUCAUUCUCUUACAGCUCCUAGCUGUUCGAAUACAUUCCAGACACAGAGCUAAAACCAUAGUCACCACUACGUACACCCAGCUAGAAAUAUUUUCUUAGAACAAACCUCACCUUCGUCAUAAAAGCCAGACUGGAUUUGCAGAAUCCGAGGGAGAGAGCUUGGAUCCAAGGAAUGGAUGAAAUUCUUCAAGCUUGAGGCCAUGGUCCGUGCAACAGCUAAAAAAAAAAAGUAUUUAAACAGAAAUACCUAGUAGGAUGCUCUCUGUUACCUCUUGCACAUAGAAAAAGAAAGGCGUGCAAAAUCUGAAGCAAGCUUUCUGUGGAAAGAGAGAGGUUCUUGAGCUUUCUCAGAGUGAAGACCACUUCCUCUGAAUUCACGUUGGGUUGGUGGAAGGCAGUCAUAGGAAGCUAAGAGAAAUGCACGGCAGCACCUGGCUAUAUACUAGCUUGUGCUUGUGCCAUUUUGGGCUACAGGAAAUACAAAAUACAAGUGCGUUUAUGUCAGUGAUAAGGAAAGGGUGGCGCCAAAAGAAUGUGCCAACUAGGAUAUGGUUUGGUACUUAAUGCAUCUGCAACGAUGCACACACAACAAUAAUACCUUGUCUUAAACCUUUGAUAGUUUGACACUGAACCUCUGGAACAUUAAAAAGUACUGUUUUUUCUUCUUUUUAAGGAAGCCACAAACUGUCUUUGAACAGAUGAAAUGAAACUGUUUUGCUGCUGUUGUUUUGCAGAAUUCAUAAGGGAAGUGAGAUAGUUUAAAGGGAAGGUGCCAUCUAUAACCUGCAGUGGCUAGUCAAAAGUAGCAGGAAUGUUUGUGUGUGCACAAUGGGCAGCUGAUGAGCACGGAAAGGGUGCAGCUGAUGAGGGGGUCUAGCUUGUGUAUCCUUGUGACACCCCCUGUCAUUUCAGCACAUGAGGGAAGGUCGCUUUGACCUCUGGAAUGUUGUUUUGUUGCCUGUGUAGACCAGGCCCAUUUUGAAGGCUCUGAAUUGUUUUGGUGAGAACAGGAGGCUUCCUGGUGCAGAAGUGACUGUUGGGGUCAGUUGGUAACGUUACAAGGUAGAUCUGAAUGUUGCAGCAGUGAUCGUUGCUUGGAGAGGAUGGGGGGGCAAGGAUAAAUGAGAUGAUUCUGAAGGAAGUGGGUCAAAAAAGGAAGUGAGAUGGUUAGCUCAGAUUCAAUUAUAUUUGCCUGAAAAUAGAGGAAUAGUGCACUAUCCCACUUGAAGCACUGGUAAUGACUUUUUUUACAUUUUAGUUCAAGGGGGCAAAACACACACACAGAGAGAGAGAGAGAGAGAGAGAGAGAGAGAGAGAGAAUUUUCUUUUCUUCGAUCUCAUAUUGGCAAGAACCAGAUCCUGGGGGUCCCAUAUGGCUGGUCCAUGAGGCAAUUGUUUCUCAUCUCAGACAAUUAUUAUGGAAAUGCAGCUCCCACAUAUUGCAGAAAGGGGGAAUUGAGAUGAUCAUUAGUUUGCAGCACCUUCCAUAUGAGGAAAGGCUAAAGGCCAUGAUCUCAAUGCUUACGCUUUAUUGACAGCCUGGGGAGCAGGUUGUGCAUGUUGUUUUCUAGUCUGAGGGAAUGAAUGUGCAGCACCUUUGUGUAUGUCUGAAUUUUCCCUGAUGUAUCCGAGUGCUUGAAUUUGAUAAGCUUCCCUGUAUUGGCUUAAAAGAAAACCAGCUUUUUAUUUUCGUCAAAACACAAACCAGCAUGAGUACUUUGAGUUUAUAAGAGCCUGCUAGAUCAGAUUGAUGGCCCACCUAGUUCAGCAUCCUGUUCUCACAGUGGCUGACCAGAUGCCUGUGGAAAGGUUGCAGGCCAGGUAUGAGCACAUCACUCUGCCCACCUGCCAUUAGAAGUCUCAAAAGGACAGUAUAUCCGGAAUAGUUCAACUGUUUCGGAAUAAAGCCUUCAUCAGUGAAUAAUUAUCAGUGAAAUAGUCAUACUAGUGGGGAUCAUGCUAGUGGAUCAGUGCUCCGAAACAGUUGAACUAUUCCGGAUAUACCGUCCUUUUGAGACUUCUGAGAGGCGUCUUCCUUUGAGACUUUUGUGAGACGUCCUCCUUUGAGAGUCGGCUUGGCAUUCCUCGCUAUUGAUUUGUUUGACUCUUUGUUUGACUCUGAGAUAUAUAACAACUUGUAGUUACUUGUAUAUUUUGUGAGAUGUGUUGUAUGAUAUAUACAUCAUUUUGAAGUGGCUUAUUUGUAUAUUUUGAAUGACAUCAUAACCAAUUAUAUAUACACGAACAGUUAUUAGCCAGCGUGUUGCGUUUGCAUUUUUGUAGAUUGUUACAUUUUGCAACACAGGGGUUUGUGUUUCUUCACCUGCAAUUCCCAGCAGAUGUGUGUAGGAAGCAGAGCUGGCUCACCCAUGACGCAGGCUAAAGUGCCCGCCUCAGGCGACGGAAGUACAAGAUGUGGCACUCUGGCCACACCUUCUGCUGCCAAGAGGGUGGUUGGUGUAUUAGUGUAUGGCAUUGCUAUUCGUCUUCCCUGCCCUUGGGUGGAAAAGCUGAGCAAGCAGCAAUACUUUAAGGAGUACCCCGGCUCCUGCAGAGUUCAGUGAGAGCAAGUGUGGGGUGGUGGUGGUGGUGGAAGAAGGAUGUGACACGGCAGGCCAGAAGAUGACAAUUCCCAUUUCACUUCAGGUGGCAGGACCAGGCCACCCCUGAAAGCUCUAAUGGAUUCAGUCCUGAUUUGGGGGCAUACACCAAGAUUUAUUUUCACCAGAGAAAUAUAUUUUGAAUGUAUGGCUUAUGUGGGCAGUGCAGUUUGUUGAUUUCUUGCCUUUGGCUAACUGUCCUAAAUCACAGGUGCCUGUUGAUCAUCUUAAGUGAUCCACUUGUGGUUGAAUAGCAGCCCACAUGAUGCAUCUGCACUAGGCUGGGAUGAAGCUCGUAUGAAACUCAUUACUUAGUAGAAAUGCAGGCAGGUUUGUUUUUUUAAGACCAGAGCAGAAACAUAACUGGUCAGAAAAUAUAUGCAGUCGUACCUUGGAUCCUGAACGCCUUGGUGCUUGGACAUUUUGGCUCCCGAACGCUGCAAAGUGAGUGUUCCAGUUUGCAAACGUUCUUUGGAACCUGAACAUCCAACGGGGCUUGCACAGCUUCCGAUUGAAUCAUAGAAUCAUAGAGUUGGAAGAGACCACAAGGGCCAUCGAGUCCAACCCCCUGCCAAGCAGGAAACACCAUCAGAGCACUCCUGACAUAUGGUUGUCAAGCCUCUGCUUAAAGACCUCCAAAGAAGGAGACUCCACCACACUCCUUGGCAGCAAAUUCCACUGUCAAACAGCUCUUACUGUCAGGAAGUUCUUCCUAAUGUUUAGGUGGAAUCUUCUUUCUUGUAGUUUGGAUCCAUUGCUCCGUGUCCGCUUCUCUGGAGCAGCAGAAAACAACCUUUCUCCCUCCUCUAUGUGACAUCCUUUUAUAUAUUUGAACAUGGCUAUCAUAUCACCCCUUAACCUCCUCUUCUCCAGGCUAAACAUGCCCAGCUCCCUUAGCCGUUCCUCAUAAGGCAUCGUUUCCAGGCCUUUGACCAUUUUGGUUGCCCUCCUCUGGACACGUUCCAGUUUGUCAGUGUCCUUCCUGAACUGUGGUGCCCAGAACUGGACACAGUACUCCAGGUGAGGUCUGACCAGAGCAGAAUACAGUGGCACUAUUACUUCCCUUGAUCUAGAUGCUAUACUCCUAUUGAUGCAGCCCAGAAUUGCAUUGGCUUUUUAGCUGCCGCGUCACACUGUUGGCUCAUGUCAAGUUUGUGGUCAACCAAGACUCCUAGAUCCUUUUCACAUGUACUGCUCUCAAGCCAGGUGUCACCCAUCUUGUAUUUGUGCCUCUCAUUUUUUUGCCCAAGUGCAAUACUUUACAUUUCUCCCUGCUAAAAUUCAUCUUGUUUGUUUUGGCCCAGUUCUCUAAUCUGUCAAGGUCGUUUUGAAGUGUGAUCCUGUCCUCUGGGGUGUUAGCCACCCCUCCCAGUUUGGUGUCAUCUGCAAAUUUGAUCAGGAUGCCCUUGAGUCCAUCAUCCAAGUCAUUGAUAAAGAUGUUGAAUAAGACCAGGCCCAAGACAGAACCCUGUGGGACCCCACUAGUCACUCUUCUCCAGGAUGAAGAGGAACCAUUGAUGAGCACCCUUUGGGUUCGGUCAGUCAGCCAGUUACAAAUCCACUGAGUGGUAGCAUAGUCAAGACCGCAUUUUACCAGCUUCUUUACAAGAAUAUCAUGGGGCACCUUGUCAAAUGCCUUGCUGAAAUCAAGGUAGGCUACAUCCGCUGCAUUCCCUUCAUCUACCAGGCUUGUAAUUCUGUCAAAAAACGAGAUCAGGUUAGUCUGACAUGACUUAUUUUUCAGAAAUUCAUGCUGACUGUUGGUGAUCACAGCAUUCCUUUCUAGGUGCUCACAGACUGUUUGCUUAAUGAUCUGCUCCAGAAUCUUCCCUGGUAUUGAUGUCAGACUGACUGGGCAGUAAUUAUUUGCGUCCUCUCUUUUCCCCUUUUUGAAAAUAGGGACAACAUUUGCCCUCCUCCAGUCUGCCGGGACUUCGCCUGUUCUCCAGGAAUUCUCAAAGAUGACUGCCAGUGGUUCUGAGAUCACAUCUGCCAGUUCUUUUAAUACUCUUGGAUGCAGUUCAUCUGGCCCUGCAGACUUGAAUACAUCUAAACUAGCCAAGUAUUCUUGUACUAUCUCCUUAGUUAUUCUGGGCUGUGUUUCCUUUGCUGAAUCAUUUGCUUCAAAUUCUUCAGGUCGGGCAUUGUUUUCUUUAUCGGAGAAGACUGAGGCAAAGAAGGCAUUGAGGAGUUCAGCCCUUUCUGUGUCCCCUGUUUGCAUUUCACCAUCUUCUCCUCUGAGUGACCCCACUGUUUCUUUGUUCUUCCUUUUGCUACGAACAUACCCAUAAAAGCCUUUUUUGUUGCUUUUAACCUCUCUAGCAAGCCUGAGUUCAUUCUGUGCUUUAGCUUUUCUGACUUUGUGUCUACACGUGCUGGCUAUUUGUUUGAAUUCCUCUUUGGUGGUUUCCCCCUUUUCCAUUUUUGUACACAUCCUUUUUAAUCUUAACUCAGUUAAAAGUUCUUUAGAUAGCCACCCUGGCUUCUUUAGGCACCUUCCAUGUUUCCGUCUCAUUGGUAUUGCCUGACGUUGUGCUUUUAGUAUCUCCCUCUUAACAAACUCCCAGCCAUCAUGAACUCCCUUUCCUUUUAGUAUUACUGUCCAUGGGAUCUCACCCAGCACUUCCCUAAGUUUUAUGAAGUCGGCUUUCUUAAAGUCAAGAAAUUGAGUCCUAGUAUGCUUGGCUGCUCCUUUCCGCUGUAUAGUAAACUUCAGAAGAGCAUGAUCACUCGCGCCUAAUGAUCCUUCCACUUCUACCCCACUAACCAGGUCAUCAACAUUGCUUAGGACCAGAUCUAAAAUGGCUGUUCUUCUUGUUGCUUCUCCCACUUUCUGGACAAUGAAGUUGUCUGCAAGGCCAGUGAGGAAUCUGUUUGACCUUAUGCUCUUGGCUGAGUUUGACAUCCAACAAAUAUCCGGGUAAACUGAAGUCCCCCAUUACUAUCUCCCUUCCUUUUGCAUGCUUGGCCAUCUGUUCCAGGAAGGCAUCAUCUAUGUCCUCCGUUUGGCUUGGGGAUCUAUAGUAAACUCCCACAGUGAGGUCACUGUUAUUCUUCUCUCCCUUAAUUUUGACCCAAAUGCUCUCACUUUGGCUUUGAGGUUCUAAAUCUUGGAUCUCUUCACAGGUAUACACAUCCCUGACAUAUAACGCCACUCCUCCUCCUUUCUUGUCUGGUCUGUUUCUCUGAAAUAGAUUGUAUCCCCCCAUUAUUACAUUCCAAUCAUGGGACUUAUCCCACCAGGUUUCAGUGAUGCCUAUUAUGUCAUAUUUAGUUUGCUGUACCAAGAGCUCAAGCUCAUCUUGUUUAUUUCCCAUGCUUUGCGCAUUAGUGUACAGACAUUGAAGUCCAUUAAUCAUUCCCCGUGUCUCUUAUUUAAGGAUUUUUCCUCCCACCACUAGGUCUGCGUGCUGUUUGCUCCAUUUGGUCUAUGACAUAUGGAUGAUCAUCUUCAUCAAUUGAUAGACUCCUACCUUCAGGAGCACUGUCUCCCUCCCCCACAUUAGUCAGUUUAAAGCCCUCCUGAUGAGGUUUCUGAGAUUUUUGGCAAAAACAUUUCUCCCAACCGUUGUGAGGUGCAGCCCAUUGCUUGCCAGAAGUCCAUCUUCAAGAAACUGCAGUCUGUGAUCUAAGAAUCCAAACCGUUCCUGUUUACACCAUUUGCGAAGCCAGCUGUUCACUUCCACUAUUUUCCUCCCUGGGCCACGUCGUUCAACUGGGAGGACAGAUGAGAUGACAAUUUGUGCAUUUAAUUGCUUCAAUUUCCUGCCCAGAGCCUCGUAGUCUCUUUUGAUCUUCUGGAGGCUAUUGCUUGCAGUGUCAUUGGUUCCCACAUGAACCAAGAGGAAGGGGUAUUUGUCAGUGGGUUUUAUGAUUCCUUGCAGUCGUUCAGUUACAUCUUGGAUCUUAGCCCCAGGGAGACAGCACACUUCCCGAGACAUCUUGCCAGGCCCACAGAUCACUGCUUCUGUUCCCCUCAGUAGGGAAUCCCCUAUCACCACUACACGCCUACUCUUAGGUUUGGUCGGGGUUCUUCCGUGAGCUGUCCGUUCCAAGGUCGCCUGCAGAUUCCCUGAGGACUGACUUUGCUGCUCGUCUUCAUAUACCUGAUCGACUGUAAUGAGGGAGAGAUCCUCAAAUGGAGUCUGCUCUUCGUCUUCCAUGCUAGGGGAGAGGACCUCAAAGCGAUUGUGUAUUUCUAAACAAUCAGAGCGAACCCUGGGCCUCCUACUUCUUUGAGUCACGUUUCUCCAUAUAUCUGGCUCCUGUGCUGGUGAACUAGCCUCCUUCUCAGGGGGAGUCCCCUGUCUCCUCCUUGGUGGAGAUGGUGUGCUCUGUUGCUUCCAAGAAGAGCUCCAGCUCUCUAAUUCUUUGGAGCGUAGCUACACGUUCCUCCAGUUGCUGGACUUUGUCUUUUAAGAGGGCAAUCAACAUGCAAUUGCUGCAGGUAAAGCUGCCUGCAACCUUUGGCAAGAUGGCAAACAUUGCUCAGGAACCGCAGGCGACUGCAGCUGUUCCCUCCUUCUCCAUCUUGAGAACGUGUCGUUGGGGGUGGCUACAGCGGUCCUCCAUCAUAAAAAGCAUGAAGACAGGACAAAUAACUCCCCCCACAAAAAACCUAGGUCUCCCCCAACAAACGUUUGAGACUAGCUCCCCUAAAUCUAAAAGAUGGAUCAAAGUGCGCGCGCCGCUGCCCUGCGAGCUCUGAUAAGCUCCUCCCACAGUUAAUCACCUGCCUCAACAGAAACCCUGCCCCCUCUGACCUUUGCAUAGGGAGAGCAGCUAAUCAGCCACAAAGAAACACACACACACAAGAAAACCCUUUUUGCUCCUUCUUCAACUGCUGCCCUGCAAGCUCUUGCAAGAUUGCCCUGCAAGACUGGCUGCAGGAGCUUCACACAGUCAAUCAGAAGCUGCACUUUGGUUUCCGAACGUUUUGGAAGUGGAAUGGACUUCCAGAACGGACUCUGUUCAUCUUCCAAGGUACAACUGUAUCUAGAAUCUGUCUCAGAAAAAAAUAUUUCUGACAUGGAGGUAUUGGUCUGUGUGGCACUCUUGCAAGGGUAACCAUGGGCACCUGGGUUUCAAGACUUUUCCAGAAUGAAAAAUAUAGAUAUGCAAAGGAAGAACAUCUUGUAGAUAAUCUGCAUUUUCUUUUAUGCUGUCAUAGCUGACAAUGAGUCCCUCAACACAGUCUUUUGAACCAAACUACAUUUAAACCAUUCCCAGGGCACCAAAUACCUUAUUCAAGGGCACCAUGGUACACACAGGUGCCAGGUUGGCAAUCCCUGGUUUAUAGCAACUGAAACACUAUUAUAUCAACUUGCAGGUUAUUUUGUUAGUAUUCCCAGAUUCUUAGAAGCUAAUAUGAAAGUAGUUGGAAAUCGUUGGCCGCUGAUGCUGCUCAGGUCCAUUGUUGCUUAGGUUUCAAAGGUUUGCUUUGUGCUGCUGUUGCUUAGGUUUCAAAGGUUUGCUUUGAGGGGGAAAUUAUUCAAGAUCCUCAGGUUACAAACCUCUUUAGUUUUCAAGAUGGGAAGAGAGAUAUUUCACCUGAGUUUUUAAACUACUCUAAGGAAGCUAUUUUCAAUCCCUGUUGUGUACAAGGUUUGGCUGAUGAGUCCAUUGAAGCAGCGUGCAUUGAAGCUGACAGUCUUAUAACCUAGCAUGUUAUAGCAUGUUCAUGAUUCCUAAGGGGUUUUUUUGGUUAUGGUUUUCAAAUAUGCUGAUUAUUUUCCACAAACCAAAACAUCUCCUCAAGCAAUCCUAAUGAAUGGGUGAAAGUCUUUAGGGCAAAAUAAAUAUCUUUUGUCAUAGGCAGCACCAAAUAUUCAGGAGAAGGUGAAAGAAUAUAUUACUUUGUAGAAAUACUUCAGGUCCAUUAAAGGUUUGCUUUGAGAAGAGAAUUACUCAAGAUCUUCAAAUUACAACAAAAGUGUUUUGAAAUGUGUUUGGCAUAUCUUCAGUGCAUUUGUGACAGCUGGAGACACACACAGGAGACUGUUUUUGAAUUAAUUUUACAGAUCAAUCCUCCUGUGGUGCCUGGUGAUGCACGCUGUAAUUUAUUUUUAAAGAGGCCACGGUGAUUCUUGGGUGUCAUGAAAGAAAUCCCUGAAAAGUAUUUAUACACAAUUCCUGCUAAAAGGAAAGGACAAUGAAUUCAUUUAAAUACAUUUGUGCAAGAUGGUUCUUCCCAGUGGAAUCUGCACAUUCACUUUCUCUAAUUAUUCUUGAAGUUUUGCCUAUCAGCUUGCCUAUCAACUCAGCACAUGGGAAAGGAAAACAGCUUGACGUUUCCUGAUAGCAGAGUGCUUUUACAAUAGCAUAUGAGAAAUCAGCUGUUAUUUCCUUAUCUUUCUCAAUAUCUAAGAGCUGAUUCUGAUGUGGUGUCUUUUAUGUAGAAGAGCUGCUAGCCGCAUGGAUCACACUUAACAUGUGGAGACAUUCCUUUCUCGUUUAUAUAAUGAGGCUUCUCUGAAGAGAUUUGGGACCUCCUCUCUUUCCCCAACCCCCCAUUGUUUAGGACGAACUGCUCCUAGAAUUAUAUUCUCAAAUGCUGCAUUGCCAUUUACAUAGUUUGUUUGCCGCAGUAAAGGUAGCACCCCAGGUACCCAGAAUCUUUCAUGUAGCAGGAUUUUGAAGGCUCAGCUGUACAGGCAGUCCUGCAAAAAUGUUAUCCUGUGAACUGAGUGUUCAUAAGCAUGCUGCUGGAGAGUUACUGCUCAAAAAUAAUGAAUUAGGUUGCAAUCCCAACCUGAAAUGAACCCACCUGCAAAUAAGUGGUCAAAUUCCCAACAUGAGCACACUUAGAGGAGUUCUAGCUUAGCCUCUUCCUGCAUACUAGUUUUCCAGCAUGGUAGGUGUUUCAAUAUAGGGGAGCAUUAAAUAUAUAUAUUCUACCUGGAGUGUGAAGUGGUGCAGUCCAGUUAUACACCCUACAACUCUUACCACCUCAUUCCUUAUUUAAUCUUCUGCAUGUGGGAAGACCUGACUAACAGUGAAUAAAAUUGUUAUUGGUGUAUAUAUGAUUAAUAUUAAUAGAGAGAGGCUUUUUCUGCCUCACGCUAGUUCACAAAAUAAAACAUUUAUUUUAAUUCUGUAUAGGUUGCAAACUUCAAUUUUUCAAAAACCAGUAUGAAAAUGUGAUGGCGAAUAACGGGUAAUACAUAAAUCAAGAUUGCAGUUACUGAGUCUGCACAGUGUUCAUGAAUUAUUAUGGUUACUAUCUGUAGCAAACUGUUCUGUACAUCAGUCUUCAGUUUAAAAAUUCCCAUUCUCCUCAUGCUUUUAUUUUGAUGGAAAAGCUGGUACACCCACAAUAUAUAUAAACAUAUUUACAUUGAAACAUUUAAAGUUGCUAUUAAAUUAGGUUUUGUUUUACUUUCAAAUUGUAUAUCCUUAAGCAAAAAAGCAGUGAAAUAUCUUGACACAUUUCCGUGGGAUAAUCCAUUGUGUGUGUGUGUGUGUGUGUGUGUGUGUGUGAUUUGUUGCCAAUGAACAUUAAGAAAACUAAGUCUUUGCAACAUUUCUCUAUAUCCCAGAAUUCAUGACAUAUUUUUCAAGGUCAACAGAGAAUGUAUCUAUACUGCAGACAUGUCUGUUUCAUACCAGCUUAACUAUCAUGGUUUCCCCUUAAAAAUCCCGAAAAUUUGGACAAGGUGGUGACAGUUCUUAAGUGUUCUAGCUCAUUUGAAGAACUAUAUACUUUAACAUUUUACACGACUGUCUUCAGGUUUGACAGGACCAUUGAUGUGCCCUCUCUGGUCGCUUUCCUAUACUGGUCUACUCCCUGGCUGCAGGCUUAUCUAGUGGCAGUAUCCAUGACUUACCACAAUGGUGUUUCAUAGCUGUCUGCCACUUGGGGUGGGGGUAGGCUUUCAAUCUGUGUUGGUGAAUUCUGUUGGGACCCCAGCAGCUGGCUAAAGGAUCCAGGUGUUAAUGAUGGGCCUGAAAUUUUAAUACCAUGUUUCCUUUCUGUUCACAAUAUAAUGUUAUGGGAUUGAAUUUGGACUAAAUGACUCUUGGGGACUCCUCCAAGCCUGUUAUUCCAUAGCUGUAAAAUGGGAUCUGGAGAGUAGAAGGACUACAGAUACUGUCAGUCCAAUUUCUUUUGUCAAGCAAACAGACCUAGGUAUUCUGUUAAGUAAACUAUUUGUUACAUAAGGUAGGGGCAAUAUGUUGCCAUAGAAAUUAAAUCUGAAGGAGCUGGCCUAAUGCAGACAGUUCAGCAAAAUAAGAACAGCAAUAAAAAAGCUGUCCUCAUUGCUUUUGCCACCCUGACCUCAGAAGGUCAAAGAUGUCAAAUAUAAGACCUUGAGGCCCUUACCAGAACUUUUUGAGUGGUAUAAACAGUCAACAGAUAUUAGAUCAACUUCAGGGCUAGUAAAUUGUGUGUCCAGACCCAGAAACAUCCCCCCUAAAUAAAUUCACACUUGACUCAAAAUUUUGGUUUUGGUUCUUGGCAGAAUUUAGGCCACAACUUUAUUGAUUACAGAAAGUGACUGGUUGCAUAGGCUCUGGAUCAACUAGCUCACUGCCAUGCAGGUAGCGCUGACCCAGGGUUCCAGCAUAGGUCAGCCAAGGGUGAACACCCAGAUAAGCGGAAAGCCAGGAACGGGCUAACUCCGCCACCCAAAUGUCCCCCUGGACUCAGGGAUGGACACAACCUCCUCUCAGGGGUCGACCAAACCAUCGAGUCCCUGGAUUCCUUUAAUGGAAAACCCUUCACAUAGGGAUGGCGAGAACGUUCUCCCAUCUGUAGCACUUGAACCAGAGCCUAUCUGCAACCUUACAAGUUGUGACGAUUUGCUACGUGGCAGGCGAAACCCAAAUGGCAACAGCCAAUCAGCCAAGUGGGGAAAAUCCUGCCGUGCCCCUGUCACAAUGACAGACGACACACGACGGUGUAGUAAUGUCAAGCGCAAAGCCCUAAAAGUAGGGAGAGGUCUGCGGGUGUUCUGAAUGCAUGCGCCGAAAGAGGAAGCUCUGGGUCACGUGCAUGGGCAUAAAUAGGUCCCUCGAACCGUUUGAACUGUGUCCCAUUGGCCAGAUUGCACCCAGCUUCGAGGGACCUACCAAUCAGGUGUUGUGGCUGACUGAUCGUACCCACCCAAAACAGAGGGUGUUGGUUUUCCAGGUCUCACUGCAAUACAUGCCCUCUUUAAGGGAGGACCCGAUCUAUGGGUUGCAUUCAUCUAACAUAUCCUUUCAGCGCAAGCCCUGCACAACUGCUUCUGCUUGUGCAAGAUGGCUUCCUUCCCACUCCUCCCCAGUGCCCUCUCAGUGCUCUCUCCCCCCCCCCCCAAUUGCAAAGGAAGGCUGGUGGGGUGUUGCUCCAUCUAGCAAGCUGCCUGUUAUAUUGGGAAAAGUGUGUGCUCAUCUAGUUCAGUAUUUUGAUAUGUGUAGCUCUUCCUCAAAAUUUUCAGCAGGCCUUAGAUUUUCUAAACACAUGGUUGGAUCCAGAGGAAGCUAGUUGUGACCAACUUUUCACCAUGAUUUCAGUGGGACAUAAGUGUUACUAAUUUGUUGGGGAUCUAACCCCCAGAUCUGUACCUAAAUGUGUGAGAUCAGUUCUCUAGAAUUCAUAAGAAUGAGCCCUGUAAUUUUAGUAGACAAAACCGUUUGUGGUUUAAGUAUUAUCGUAAUGCCAAAGACACUGCCAUGAAUUUCAAAAAAUAAAUUUGAAUUCUAUUAUUAUUUCUCUGUGUAAAUGAUUAAGAGCAGAACAAAUAACCAGGGCUUUAUACUGAGGAGAAAGAACUUUGCUGCCUUGCACCUGGCAUGAAAAUAUGCCAGUAUUAUCACAUUCUGGAGGGGUUCCAGGCUCGCCAGAUGCUGUUUUGUGCAUGCCACCAAAAUUUGCAUUCUAUCCCAAAGCUUGAAGAUAGAUUGCUUCUUUCAGAUAGUUAUUUUCUGCAGAGUAAUUUUAAACAGUCCUCCUUUUUUGUGUGCUCACUUAAAAGGUAAAAACAGUCUGGUGGCAUAGAUGGUGGGAAAUAAAACUUUGUCACGUUCUGUGUUGUAUAUAUAUAUUUUUCCCCUUUGCAAAUUGAAGCGAAAGGAGUUUUUAAAAGGUUUCCGUGGCUGGUGUUAAAGCACUUGAUCUUAAUCUUUAAGGGGCAAGAGAAAAUCAAUAAGCAUUACAGUUAUUAUAGUAAGCAUUUAGCAAUUAAUAAAUCCCUCUUUAGGUACAAUAACAAACGAUUGGGCAAAUUAAGCCCAGUUUACUAAGCCAAAUGGCUUGUUUCUUUUCGUCAGACAAAAGUAAUAAACAUGCAGUGCAAUCCUAAAUGUAUUUACUUAGAAGAAACCCUAAUUGGGAUCAGUGGGACUUGCUCUCAGGUAAGAGUAGGAUUGUAGCCCAAACAGUUUAAAUAGUUUCUGUUUUAGAUAGAACUGCUGCCAAAAUAUGCCCAAAGUGAAUUUGAAGACUUGCUAGGGCACAAAAUCUAAGGAACAGAGAGAAGGGAAAAAAAUCCCCAAAUUUGGCGAUUCUUGCCUGGACAUGAUCCCAGAAAUUAUGGUUUCUCUUUCCCAUCUUCAUUUGCACAUCCUUGGAAACCCUAGUGCAUGGGUAGGCAAACAAAGGCCUGGGGACCGGAUCCGGCCCAAUCGCCUUCUAAAUCCGGCCCACGGAUAGUCUGGGAAUCAGCGUAUUUUUACAUGAGUAGAAUGUGUCCUUUUAUUUUAAAUGCAUCUCUGGGUUACUUGUGGGGCAUAGGAAUUCAUUCAUUCCCCCCCAAAAAUAUAGUCCAGCCCCCCACAAGGUCUGAGGAACAGUGGACCAGCCCCCUGCUGAAAAAGUUUGCUGACCCCUGCGCCUAGUGUCACCAGGGAAACACAUUGUGAUUGAAUGUGUGGAAUGCAGCUCAGUUCAGUACACACUUACUUAGGAGUGAACUUCAUUGAAUACAAUGAGACUUACAUGUGUACAGAACAGGGCUACAUACAGGAUUAGUAUUAUUAGAGAGUUGUGCUGGUCUGGCUUUUAACCUUGAAGAUAUUCCAAUAUAUACAAGUUAUUAGUACUAUACCAGUUAAAUUUGGAAAUUUCCUUGAUAGCUAAAGAGUCAACCUGCUUGACAUUCCUUUCUUGGAUUUGCAAUUGUUUCCAAGUCGGGACUGAAUACAAGGCAAGUCCAUGUAUGUUUACUCAUCAUUUGAAUAGGUAAAUUAGCUUUUGGAAAAGUUCAGGACUUAACACCUCUUUUAAAUUUUUCAUUGUAACUUCCUUUCUACUAAACAAUGAAGACCUUUUCAGGCAGAAAAGGUUGGGUUGGCUAAAUCUCAACUGUUAAUGGGGAGAGAAAUAGUACAACAUAUAGGUUUUCCCCCACAAGAUUAACUUCCACAACAGAUUUCUCUCUGUUCCAAGGGAAAGCACAAAUUGAAUUACUUUCUCAUUCGAUGUAGAAUGGGGCCAAUGUUCAAGCAACUUUCACAAUUACGUUGGGAUUACAUGGCAGUUUCGGGAAAGGGCAAUGGAAGAAGCUGUAAACUAAGAGUCUUUGUAUUCCUUGUUGGUCAGUGGUGAACUGUCCCUUUUAAGUGCGCCACUAACAAAUGUUUCCCUCAGGUGCCCCUGUUCUUGCUUGUUAGCAUUUGAAUUGACUUAGGAGAGCUGAAAGGUUUAGCGAGAGUCUUUACCUAUUAUUGAAUAUCACAUAAAGUUGUUCUCUUUUUUAGCUUUCCAUUUUUACUGUCUGUAAUAAAACUACAUGGAUUCUUGAGUACAAUUUACUCCCAACUUUCACUGAAAGCCCUUUUGUUUUUUAGUGCACUGCUGUAGGGCAAAUGAGGACAUAUGAUUAUCUUAACGGUCCCUAAAUCUGAGGACAUGCUGCUGCUAUGCUUUUCCUAGCAUAACGCUGAGUGUAGAGUGAACCUUUGGCCCUGCAUUAUACAAAAACUGAACAAAUUCUAGUUCCUAGAUUUGCUUUGAGAGGAUUAGGAGAUCAAACUUUUUUAGCUUCCAAAUUUUAGAGGAGAGGGUUAUUUUGGCUUAAUAUUCUCCCACAGACUGAUGAUCUCUUUUCACAACUCUACAUGGGGCACAUCAAGUGUCUGCCCAGCUGCUGCAUUAAACUGCAAGGGUCAGGAAAGAGAGCAAGAGAGCAUGCACAAAAGUGUGUGACCUUGUUGAUUCUUCUUGAUCUUUUUGGUCUUACUUGGAUGGUAGAUUCCAGAAGGUGGUGCUUGUGGAAUAUUGUUUUGCCUUGUUGGGGGACUCCAGCACUGAGGUGGCAGAGUGUGAUCUCUCCUAUACUUUCCAACAUGUGCAUGAAACUGCUGAGUAUGGUCAUCUGGAGCGUGUUUCACCAGCAUGCUCCUAUUAAUCUCAAGCUGGUGUGAUAGUGGAAGUAAUGAAGCAGUAUCUGACAGUGGAGAUGGACUGACUGGAUAAAAGCUAAGACAUCGAAUCUCAGUUCAGAUAAGACUAAGAUGCUGUUAUGAGCAGAUGGUUUCCUAGUCUGGAUAGAUAGUGUCAACCAGGUCUAGAUGGGGUCACACCCUAGGGAACUUUUGGUCUGUGGACCAGUCUUUGCCCAUGAGGUCCUUCCACCAAUCCAUGUCACUGGUGACGUCAACUGAUGGGUAUUAAUCCUACAUUGGCUGUGGGCUCUGUUCCAAGGAAGGAACAGUAUUGUGCAGCCAAGGCAGCAAGAUUUAAUCUCUGUUCAUCAGUUUCCCAAAAGCACUGUUUGGAGCACUUUUCCUGUGAAUGGGUGGGUGGCAGAAGUGUGCAAGAUUCUGCCAUGCUUUAAUUAAGAUCAGAGCAAAGGGGACUUAAUAGGAAGGAGGAAGAAGCAUGCAAAUGCCAUUGCAAGUCUCACUCCAUCCCUUUUAAGCCACCAAUGUUGCUCCAGUCUUAAAGGGAGGGGGGAGACUCACUAAGGCAGGGGUAGGCAACCUAAGGCCCGGGGGCCAGAUGCAGCCCAAUCGCCUUCUCAAUCCGGCCUGCAGACAGUCCAGGAAUCAGCAUGUUUUUACAUGAGUAGAAUGUGUCCAUUCAUUUAAAAUGCAUCUCUGGGUUAUUUGUGGGGCCUAGGAAUUUGUUCAUUUUUCUUUUCUUUUCAAAAUAUAGUCCAGCCCAUCACAUGGUCUGAGGGACGGUGGACUGGCCCCCAGCUGAAAAAGGUUGCUGACCCCUGCACUAAGGCAUUGCAAGCCUCCCUCCAAUUCCCUUUCAUGUCCUGCCCACCUGUCAGAUUUGGCCUGUAGAUCCUGAUAAGGAUCUGGCCUGUGGAACCCCGGCCUUAAAGCAUCAGGUUCCUAGCAUAUGAGUACUCCUGAUUCCAUGUCACCGGAGGAUUCUGUCACAUGGUGUGUCUUCUAUCAGGUUUGGCUGAUUACUCAAGUUACAACUCUGUCUGGAUGGAGAUUACCAUGUAAUCUCUAGGUGACGCCUCCGUAAGUCAUUUUAAAUAAAUAAAAAGGUUGAUUAGAAAAUAAGAUCACCAUAGCCUCCUAAUGAUUUGGGAGAACAAUAGAAUCAUAGAACUGUAGAUUUGGAAGGAGCACCUGAUAUUUUUCUGUUUAAAUAUGAUGGCUCUUAAGCUUUUAAUGGUGACACCAAAGCCAGUACGAUUUUAAUGCCUUUCAAGCAUAUAAGACAGCCAGCAGUGAUGGCAGGUUUCUAUAUUCCUCCCUGCCAAUGUAGCUCAACUGAAGCACAACCUCAAUAUUGCAUAGAAAAGGGAGGCUAGUCCCCUGCGUGGCACUAGGAGACUGUUGUUGCCGAUUUUCAUGUAUCAGAUAAUAGUGCAGUUCAGCCAAAGUAAGAGUGAGCAGAGCAUUUUAGCCUCAGUUUUUUUUAAACCCCCCCCAUCUAUUUCUAAGCAAAUCUCAUAGGUAUUUGGUAGAGACUACAACAAGCAAGUUUCUUUUGUCUGCCUUGCAGCAGUAGGGAACAGGGCUUUAGCUCACUGUUAGCAGCAGAAUUAACAUUCACUCAAGUUUUUGACUCCUUUAUUUAUUCUCCAUUAUACUAUGAAAGAAUUAAACCUUCUUUCAAGACUGGCAGGGACGAGAAACUUCUUUCAGCAUUCAUCAUUAUUCCUUUUAAAACAGGACUUGAAUUUAAAUUUAUUUCUCUAAGAAAACAUGCACUACUGUAUAUGAACGCACAGUAAUGGCAGGAAGCAUGUAUAUAAGUGCAAGCUACUUCUAAGCAGUAGCUCAGGCGCAGUAGAGCUACCCUGCUGUUCUCUAGAAGACAGAGCCCAAAAGUAGAAGGUUCCUCCUCUCCAAGAAGGAAAAAGUGUUUUCCAAUUUGCCUUGACAUCUUUCUCAAAAAGAAGGUAACUCUUUGCUGUCUGCUCCCCUCCUUCCAUGAAACUUCCAAGAGGUGAUAAAUACUGCGUUGGAAAUCAAAGAACUGUGGCUUGCUUUAAUAUCAAGUGCUAGUCAUACUUUGAAUACACCCACUGAUAUCAAGUUACUUAGGUCCAUUGAUUCUGGUAGGUCUACAGGCAAUGGCUGUUUUGUGUGUGGGGGGUUACAUUUCUGACCCUCAUGUGCAUCGGUAGAGCAUGUGUAAGCCCGCCCCCUCCCCCUUUUCCGGCCACUUCUGGAGUGUGGCGAUGCAAAUGUGCAGUGGUGCUUCAGUUGGACGCGCCUAAAAAUGAACCACUGCAAUGUUUGGAACUACACAAUGGGAAACUGGGCAAUCACUCUUAUACCCCAGCCCCCAAUUUCAGUAAGGAUCAUAAAGUAAAAGUUGUGUGAAGGAAUAUAAAAAGUGGAUAUGUCAAAGGCAGUAACCAAUGGACAGGCAAACUGGUAGGAUCAACACUUGGACACGUAUGGUAGGGACAUUAUGCCAGACUCUGUUGACAUUUUUAUCUGUUUGAUAAAUGAACUUCUGAUAAUGGCAGUAAAAAAAAAAAGUGAUAUAAACUGUAUCCUUAUAGAUUUUGUAAAGUCGCACCUGACAGUGCUUAUUAUGAUCAAGCACUGGCUAUAUACUAAGGAAUAUGAUACUAUGAAGUACAUAAUAUUUUACUAAAAGAUGAAUUGCUGUAUUUUCUAGACCAUCUGGAACAACCAAAAUUAAUUAAAAUUUAUGUUUCUGUAAAGUAAUUACAUUUUCAGGAGGGUUGCCAUUGUUUGUUACUUGCAUACUACUGCGCUGUUGGCCUGUGCAGUUUUGCUUGUUGUAUAAAUGUGGAAACUUUUAGGAUUGGAUAAUAUUGAACCAUCUCUCAAGAUGUAUGCUAUUAAAAUGGAGGUGGAAAGGGUGUGUGUAUAUACACACAUGUAUUUUUUUGCACCAUAGUCCAGUUAUUGAAGAUUAUGAACAUUACUCUAAAUAAAAAAUUCCUUCCAGUAGCACCUUAGAGACCAACUAAGUUAGUUAUUGGUAUGAGCUUUCGUGUGCAUGCACACCUCUUCUUCUUGUAUCUUGUAUUUUUUUUACAGUGGUACCCCGCAAGACGAACGCCUCGCAAGACGGAAAACCCGCUAGACGAAAGGGUUUUCCGUUUUGAGAGCGCUCAUAAAGCAAUUUCCCUAUGGGCUUGCUCGCAAGACGACAGCCCAUAGGAAAUCUCAGGGACAGCGGGGAAGCGCAGCGCGUCUUCCCCACUGUCCUCGGACCUCCUCCGAAGCCUGGCGGCGGGGCGGGGACACCUCCUCCCGCCGCCGCCGGGCUCGGAAGGCUCCUCCGAGCCGGGCGGGGGAGGGAACACCUGCCGCCGCCGCCCGGCUCGGAGCGGUGCUCCGAGCCGGGCGGGGGGAGGGAACACCUGCCGCCGCCGCCCGGCUCGGGACGGUGCUCCGAGCCGGGCGGGGGGAGGAAGACCUCCCCCGCCGCCCGGCUCGAGCGGUGCUCCGAGCCGGGCGGUGGGGAGGAAGACCUCCCCGCCGCCCGGCUCGGAGCGGUGCUCCGAGCCGGGCGGUGGGGAGGAAGACCUCCCCGCCGCCCGGCUCCGGAGCGGUGCUCCGAGCCGGGCGGGGGAGGGAACACCUCCGCCGCCGCCCGGCCCGGAACGGUGCUCCGAGCCGGGCGGGGGAGGGAACACCUGCCGCCGCCGCCCGGCUCGGGACGGUGCUCCGAGCCGGGCGGGGGAGGGAAGACCUCCGCCGCCGCCCGGCUCGGGCGGUGCUCCGAGCCGGGCGGUGGGGAGGAAGACCUCCCCCGCCGCCCGGCUCGGAACGGUGCUCCGAGCCGGGCGGUGGGGAGGAAGACCUCCCCCGCCGCCCGGCUCGGAGCGGUGCUCCGAGCCGGGCGGGGAGGGAACACCUCCGCCGCCGCCCGGCCGGAGCGGUGCUCCGAGCCGGGCGGGGGGAGGAAGACCUUCUGAAGGCGGGCGGGGGCGAAGUCUUUGCUCCCCUGCCUGCCUGUCCCGGAGGGCUUUUGAAGGCGGGGAGCAAGACUUUCGCCCCGCCCGCCUUCAGAAGAGGUCCAGGACCUCUUCUGAAGGCUGGCGAGGGCAAAGUCUUUGUCCCCCUGCCUGCCUUCCCAGGGGCUUUAAAUUGCCCCGGACAGCGGAGAAGUCCUCCGCUGUCCCGGGUGAUUUUAAAUGCCGCCCGCCAGCAUUUUAAGAUCGCCCGGACAGCGGAGAAGUCCUCCGCUGUCCCGGGGUUUUAAAAUGCUGGGGGUGGGAAGAAAAGCCCUUGCCCCCAGCCUUCAGAAGAGGUCCGGGGACAGACUGUCCCCGGACCUGGUCUGAAGGCGGUUUCCCUAGGAACGCAUUAAUUGAUUUUCAAUGCAUUCCUAUGGGAAACCGUGCAUCGCAAGACGAAAAACUCGCAAGACGAAGAGACUUGCGGAACGAAUUAAUUUCGUCUUGCGAGGCACCACUGUAUUUUGUUUCAACUACGGCAGACCAACACGGCUACCUACCUGUAACUAGAACAUUAUUAGAACAUUACUCUAGUUUGGGCAAAUAUGCACCUUUAUGGACAAACAAGAAUGAGUUUAGUGAAUAUGAAAUAAUAUAUUUUCAAAUCUUAAGUGGUUUCUGUUUUAUAUCUGAUGAAAAGGAAGGCAAUGUUAGGACCAAGGUAACUGUGAGAGGCAGUGGAAGACAGGAGUGCCUGGCGUGCUCUGGUCCAUGGGGUCACGAAGAAUCAGACACGAUUAAAUGACUAAACAACAACAAACUGUAUGUUUAGGGUGGCUUUACAAAGAGGAACAACCUUUUAACACAUUUCCACCACAGUUUUACAACCACAGUUUCACCACUACUAAGAUAAAUUUGUUAUUCUGAAUUAAUUAACCUUGAAUAAAAAGGGUUGCAAUUUUGCUACACAGUGCUUUCAAAUAAAAUGAUUAGUGCAGUCAAAACAGGAAAUAAUAUGAACUCAGCAUUUUAUAAAACUUCUUUAAUUCACUCUUUCUUUACAUGAGUAUUUAUAAGCACCUUGUAAUUUACUCUUGAUAAAAAAAAUCAACAAGAAACAGGAAUGAUUUUCAUUAGGAAAAUAUGUCCAGGCUUAAGAAUGUGCAUAUGAAGAUAAAAGUAAAAACAUGGAUAGUUUGCAUACCAAGACUACAACCUUGAUCUUGAAUUGAUUCAAUCCAUUUUGGCUUUGUCACAACACAAAGCUUCUAUCAACACAAUCCUAGACAACCAGUGGAGAUAAAAUGCAUGCACAGCUGAAGGUGUUCUGAAAGUUUUUACUGCAGCCAGUCAUCUCACAAAUGAGUUGUAUAUUGCCAGUAAUAAACAUUUAUUUAUGCCGCUAUAGUUAUUUGUAGGGGAUAGUGCUGUGUGGAAACUUAGCAUCUCAAUUUCUUGAUUUUUUUUUCUUCUGCUGCAAAACAGGCUCCCAUCUGCUUCCAUUAUACAUUGCUCCAGUGCCCUGUGGUUUUCCUUUUUUUAA